UUCACUUCGCUUCACAUCUUCAUCUCCAGCAGUAGAUCAUCUCGUGAGCUCCUGCGACAGAUUCUCUUCUGCAUUUCAGAUUCAUAGUGAACGGGACUCGCUGGUGUCGCGCGCUAAAUGCCGUUCGCAUGUUUCCGGAAUCUGCAGGAUUUGCCUUUUAAUUUCUCUGAACGGGAUAUAAUGUAAGAACUGUGACCGAGAGAUGCACGACUUCUGUUAACUACAGCAGUGAUACAAUGGGGAAACUUCACUCAAAACAUGCUUGCAAACGUCGGGAAAAUCCUGAGGGGGAUAGUUUUGUUGUGAAUGGCUUUAUUUCAAGAAGAGGAGUUGAAGGCGGCGAGAGAUAUGGCACAUCUGACAACAAUCUGAAAGAUUAUAAGGAGCUACAGAACUGUGAGCUGAAGGAUGGACACUCGGCAGUCCACCGCUGCCCUCUAGAGGUGGUUUUGCCUCCAGAAAAGGCUGAAGGAUGUGAGAGUUUUCUUCAGUAUCUGCCGUCUGAGGAUGGAGAGAGAGAUGUGAAGGAAACCUGCAAAGGGAAGAAGCGCAUCAGUCUAGAUGAUCUGGAGUGUAACGUGUCGCUGGUUGAUGACAACAGGCAGGAGUGGGUCUUUACCCUCUAUGAUUUUGACAACAGCGGAAAAGUCACGAAGGAGGACAUGUCCAGUUUGAUGCACACUAUCUAUGACGUGGUGGAUGCCUCUGUCAAUCACUCAUGUAACAGCAAACAAAAGACCCUCCGAGUCAAGCUGACGGUCACUCCAGAACCUGGAGUUCGCAAGAGGGACGGGACACAUGCUGGGACCGAGAGAGAUGCGAGUCGUUUGAGUCGCAUCGAGUCGACUCACACGGAGGAGAGCCGCGGUGGCGACAGACGGCAGCCCACACAGAUCAGAGGUCAGCCUGCUGAAGCUCACGAGGGGAAUCACUACUGCGUGGAUGAGAACACAGAAAGACGAAAUCAUUACCUGGAUCUAGCUGGAAUAGAGAACUACACCUCCAGAUUUGACAGUUCCUCUCCUCCUGCAGCCCAACAAGAGCCGCCCUUACGACCCUCACACAACCAGAGUCGUUCCCGGUCCCAUGAACCUGAGACACACGCCCAUCAGCGGCGGUCACAGGUCAUCACCGACCACUGUGUGGCCCUGGAUCCCCGCGUGCGCAACGCCCCCCAGUUCAUCAGAUCCCCCAAGGGGACGUCCAAAGGAGCAGGUGGCGGCCAGGCUGCGGCCAAAAUCAGCAAGUGCCAUGGCUACUAUCCCUCCAUGCAGGGAAUGCAUGUCACAGGGGGUCAGGAUGUGUACCAUCUACCCCAGCAGAACCAGCCGCAAGCCCCGUCGGGUCACCAACACCCUCUCCAGCACAGUCACAGCAAGAGGGUGAGGGCCAAAGCCAGAGAACAGGCCCUGUCACCUUCAAAACAACCCUCACCAGCGCCGGACCGCGAGCAGACAGCUGGCUUUGUGCUUCCUGUGGUUCAGCGACAUGAACACCAUCAUCAUCACGAACAUCAUCAUCAUCACCACUACCAUCACUACCAUCAGACAUGAGUUCGCCCUGCGACGCCCUGGACGAUUCUUAAGUCAUUUUAUGGAGCGGAAACUCUGCUUUCAUAACGCUGUGGAUUUUAGUUGAUCAUGUAAUAGAGCUUUCAGGUAAACAAAGCAGAAGACCUGUGCCUGUCAGGUUUGUACGGGUCAUUCCUGUUCUGCAGUACGGAUGUUCAGAAAGUAUUUUUAUAUAAAAGCAUAUAUCCAGUGUUGGGGAAAGUUACUUUUAAAAGUAAUGCGUUACAAUAUUGCGUUACUCCCUUAAAAAAUCUAAUUGGGUUAGUUACUUUUUAUGGAAAGUAAUGUGUUACGUUACUUUUGAAUUACUUUUUUUCUCCUAGGCUGGGCUUGCUUGUACGGAAGAGGAUUGGGGCCAAGCAAUAAUAAAAAAAUAAAACCAUCUCAAGAUUAAAGUCGUUAUAACGCGAGAUUAAACUCGUUAAAUUUAUGAUAAUAUGAAAUACAAUGUUGAGAAUAAAAUAAUUACAUUUCGAGAAUAAAGUCGUGUUUCAAAAAAAAACCCUGUUAAUUUCGAGAAAAUUUCUUAAAAUAUUGAGAAUAAACUUAAAGUCAUUGUUUAAAGAAAAAAAUCAUAAAAUUUCAAGAAAAAAGUCAAAAUACAAUGUCAAGAAUAAAAUCAUUAAAUUUCAAGAAUAAAGUCAGUUUCAAAAAAUAAUUGUUACAUUUUGAGAAAAAAGUCAAAAUACAAUGUUGAGAAUAAAGUCAUUAAAUUUCGAGAAAAAUAUAAUAAAAAAUGAAAUAAAAUGUCGAGAAUAAACUCAUUAAAGUUUGAGAAUAAAGUUGUUUUGAGAAAAAAAGUCAAAACAAAAUGUUGAGAAUAAACUCAAGAAUAAAAUCAGUAAGUUGAGAAUAAAAAUCAAAAUUUAAUGAGUUUAUUCGACAUUUUAUUUCAACUUUUUUCUCAAAAUUUAAUUAUUUUUUUAUCUAAACACGACUUUAUUCUCGAAAUUUAAUGAUUUUAUUUGUAUUUAUUUGUCACUGUAUUUUGACUUUUUUUAUCUAGAAAAUUACAGAGUUUAAUCUCGCAUUAUAAUGAUUUUAAUCUCGAGAUGGUUUUAUUUUUUUAUUAUUACUUGGCACUAAUCCUCUUCCGUAUGCUUGUUUGAUUUUUAAUGGCAAAAAAAGCUCAGUUUUUGAUAAAUGUAAAGGCCCUUUCACACUAAAAAUGAAAUGAAUAAGCCUCAGGCUGAAGGAAAGGCAAAUUCACUCCUGUACAGUAGAGGGCGCAACAAACUGUUCAGCUGUGCUGCUGUUCAAUUUGCAGAAGAAUAGGAACUUGCAUUCCUUAAUUGAAAAAGUAACUCAGAUAUUUUGUUGUAAAUUUAAAAGUAAUGCAUUAAUUUACUAGUUACUUGAAAAAAGUAAUCUGAUUACGUAACUUGCGUUACUUGUAAUGCGUUACCCCAACACUGCAUAUAUCAGAUAUUCAGAAAUCUGCUCUGGUCAAACUCAGGCACUUAUUAAGUUUAUUAACUAUAAUGUGAUCAUUUACACAUUAAAAAAGAACAUGGAAAUAGAGCUAAAGUUAGUCAUUGCUGAACGUUUACAUGAGGACGUCAACUUCAUUUUUCUUCAUGUUUUGAUUUUGUUUGUUUUUGUACGGAUUUGUGUAAUUUCAUCAAGUGUUAUGGAAUGAUUUAGAAAGACACAAACCAACUAGUAGCAAAAAAUAUUUUGAAACUGAGUUUUGUUAAAGGAUUUUUUACAAAAGACUAACAGGAUGCAAAAUAAUAUUGAGGACCUAUAAAUCUAUUAUCAGUAUAAAAUAUAUAUAUAUAUCAUAUUUUUUCCCUAUAUUUAAUAUAUACACAAUUAUAUAUAUUUUCACAUUUCAAUUAGAAAGCUAAGGAAAAUAAAUAUUCAUUCAAACCAAAUUAAAUUAAAUUAUUUUAAUUUGGUUUGAAUGAAUAUUUUUUCCUUUUGUCUCUAAAUAUUCACCCUGUUCACUUAAAAGAAACUAAUAUGAUUUGCAUAUUUAAGAUUUCGUCCAGUAUAUUAAGUCAUAUAUGAUGGGGACAUGAAAUGUACUGCAUAGAAGGAAUGACCCCAUAUAUUUAAAAUUAUCAUAAAAUUUAGCCAUGAUGCUCUGCUUGGUCACUCAGAUGUGGUUUUGUGUGUCUCUUCAAGUAUUUUCUCUUAAACAUGGAUCUCAGGUGAAUGGUGCUGCUCUGUAGCUUUUCAGAAAAAGAAAAAGGCUAUUUGUCCUUUGGGAGACCUGCCAUGGACUGAACGUCUCCCUCUUACCAGAGGAAAUAUCACCACUGCCAGUUUGAAUGCUAAAGUAUUCUUUAUGUUUAAAAAUAAAAACUAUAUGAAUAUAAACAUUUUACUGUAUGAUUAUACUGCAUAUGCAUAUUUAUCAUGGUUUAUACAUAUGCAUUUGUUUUUUUAAAAAUAUUUUAAUAAAAUACAUCUACAGCAUUUGA